ACUCAUUAAGAUCAAUCAGAAUUGAAAAUGCUUCAGAGAAGACGUUCAUCAAUAGUGACAUCCGCCGAGUCUCAUGACAGUUUUGUAAACCGAUCAAGACAGCUGAUUCGUGUCACCCGAGACCAGAUAGUCAAACUGAACGACAUGAGUACAGAGGUCAGAGAAAUGACAGAACGACUCUUCUCUGAAGAACAAUCCUAUACCAAUAGAUCCUCCAGAAGACGAAGCUCCGUCGGCGUUCGAUUUGAAUCUCAUCAUGUAAUGUCUAAGAGACGAACGUCCAAAACAAUUUCCAUGAAACUUCCCCCAAAAAAGCAAUCGAAAUUGCAUCCACGUAAGAAUGGUUUGCUUACGACGAAAGAUGCAAAAGAUGGAACAGAAAACUCGGAUGUACAUCUCCUUGAAGUCAACGGGACAUCCAGUAUUGAAGCUGCUAAGGCAGGAUUUGUUGGCCUAGAAAAACAGGUGAACGAAACGACGCAACGUAGUCGGAAAACAAAAGAAUCGGAAACGAACGAAACGAAAGGCCGUAAUUUCUUUGGCUACAGCAGUAUCGACAAGGCGAGGUAUGUUAUAAAUGAAAACGGAAGCGCACAACAAAGGAAAAAUGCAGCUGUGUUCGAGUACAAAUUCCGCAGCCAGCGACCAACUCUCCAGUUGCCGCAAAUUAAUUUAUCAACGGAUGAACUAUCGCCGCUGUUGACUGCUCCUGCAACUUCAACUCCAAGAUCGGAAAGUCCGAAUUCAAGUAGAGUUGAUGCAUGGAACAGUCGUGCUCUCAUUAUGUUCGGGAAUAAUUAUGAUAAAUUUAUUAGGAAUAGAACAGAGUGUAUACCAUUUCGAUGUGCUGCAUUUAACCGACAACAGAAACAGUGGUACUGAUCCGCAUUUUGAAGUAUUUGUACCAUCCUAGGCCAGCACAUUUGGGAGAAUCAAACUAUCCCUUCCAUGAAAUAUAAACAAGCAGUUUGAAUCUAUAAGUUAGCGAAAAUAUUUGUGCACCAUUCAAAGGAUAAACAAUCCAUUUUAUUUUGCAAUAGCGUAACCGAGUUGAAACUAUACAAGCUGGACCUUAACCAUGUAUAAUUUCUAAAACGAUGAAAAUAUUUCGAGUAGUCUCUUGGGCUACGAUUAUGUUGCGAUAUGAAUACAGGGCUUGACUACAAUUCUAUGGUAUAUUUUGUUUUGCCUGUAAGAGCCUUUUCAAUCACAAAGUGCUUUUGUAAGAGCGAAAACAAUAUAGAUCAUUUAUUAGCUUUAUUUAAAUACUGCUGAAUUGGGUAGCACUAUAUUCAAUUUUAAAAUCACUAUAAGAUUAUGAACAAAAUAUAACUAAAUAGUUUAAUAAUAGUAUGCCCUUAUUUACAAUUAUAAAAAUGCUAAAUUAAUUUAUAUACAUAUGAACAAAUUUGGAUACAAAAUAUACUGUUAUGAGUCCUUCUUGUUUUUUGCACUUUUGAGAUCCUGGAAUCCUUUAGUUUUUGCACGAGAGUGUCUCUCGGUAUUAUAUGGCCUUUUAUAUUUAAAUCCAUGCAAAAACAAUUAGCAAAAUGUGAUCUUAUAUGACUUUGUGUGUCCUUUGAAUUGUUUGGUAGAGUUUAUAAUGAACAAUGUAGAAUAUGUAAUGUUAUCUUCUUCUUAUACCUUGACUACAAUAGCGACCUUUCUUGUGAUCGUAAUUGCUUGGCAAUGUGAAGACUUAUUUUAUAUUUACAUAGAAAGAGAUUUAACACUUUACAAUUUAAAACAUGAUAUAACAAUAUAUAUGUUGAAGUCCUUAUUUCAAAUAAAGACCUAAUGUAGCUUAAGUUGCCAGUACACCAUUGCGAUCAACAGUCACUUUAGUCUGAAUACAGAAAAUGGUCAAAAAUUUCGAACACAACUGAGUUGUGAGUAACGUUCGGAACUCAUAGCCAUAAUGUUUAUUCGCAACCAUACCCGACAUUUAGACCGAGACAUCUGCCUCUAGUCCAUCCUCUUUUUGAUAUAUAUUGCUGAAAACUUUCAAAAAUAGUUAUCAGAGGCUGGAAUAGGGGCAGAUGUUUCGGUCUACAGGUCGAGUAUGGUUGCGUAUAAAUAUAGUGGCUAUGAGUUCCGAACGUAACUCACAACUCAGUUGCGUUCG